AUGAUACCGUGCGAUUUGAGGAAGUGGUCAGUUUUUGGUUCCUUGGAAUUAAACUUCAUCUCAAAGAUUCAUAUGGCUAUCGUGUUUGGUUCCGACUGUGGAGAAGCUUUAGUUGCAACAAAGGAUAAAAUGGUGUAUGGAAUAAGAAACGUCUACAGUCAUCUUUCUUGUGAGAGUAUUGAUCAGAGCACUGUUUCUCCCCAGGAAGUUGAUGCAUUGUGUGGAAAGGACAUAAAAACUUUUGCUAAAGGCCAAAAAUUUAUUUUGGCUCUGACUGAGGAGGGAGAGAACAUGAGUGUAGCGAUGAGUGACACUAAUCGAAUAUUUAUAUGGGGCUAUUGUGUGGAUAAGGAUAUUAAUGUCCCAACCCUUACUUCUUUAAGAUGUUUACAAGAUUCUUUCGCAUUUUACAGCAGUGAAAUAUACUGUCAUUUGUUAAUUGUCAAUGAUGAAAAAGAAACGAAUGUAAUGGAUAGCAUGGAAGAAGCUUUCGAUGAUGCAAGUACCAGCGAUUUAAUUAUUCAAGUACAUGGGAAACCAAUUCACGUACACAAAGUGGUACUGAAAAUACGGUCUCAUUAUUUUAGGACCAUGUUUCAAGAGCACUGGACGGAAAACAGUCAAAGUGUUAUAAAGCACGAACAAUAUUCCUACGACGUGUACAAAAGUUUUUUAAAAUAUUUGUACACUAACGAAGUCGCGGACCUACCUCAAGAAGAUGCAUUAGAACUUUCAAUCCUAGCUGAGGCCUAUUCCGAGGAUCUAUUAAAAAGACGAUGUCUGCAGAUGAUAAGAAAUAAGAUUACAGUAGAAAAUGUACUAUUGUUUUAUGAUGCAAGUAUGAAACACAAUUUCAAGGAGUUAGAAGAGUACUGCUUUAAAUUUGCAACAUACCAUUUAACCGAUGUGGCACAAACAGCAAGUUUUGCCGAACUAAAUGAAAGCUGUAUAAAAACUUUCAUCACUGAAGCUGCCAAAGCGGGCAUUUUUAAUGUAGAAUGA